AUGAGCGAACACAUCCCUGCCUGGAAACGUAUUGGACUGAAAGUGAAAGAGGAGCUUGAACACGACCCUCUUGCCCUGACAACGCAUCUGGAUACUGGUAAGCUCACGAAGAAGCAACAGAAGAAGAUCAACAACAAACGGGCAAGAGGCGCGGAGUCUGAAGAAAGCCAAGGCGAAAAGAAGGCCCCUAAAAGACAAAAGCUGCCUAAGGGCGAGAGACCACCGCCUCCGGAGAAGGAUCAACUUGUGUAUUUGAAAACGUACACCACUGACAGGGAGAAUUGGAAGUUCUCUAAGCAGAAGCAGAAUUGGGUCUUGAAGCAUGUGAAGGUGAUCGAGCCAGAGUACGAAGAGUACCUCGUAAAUUAUUUCGCUGGCUUACAAGGUGGCGGUAAAGACAGAAUGGCUCGUAUACUAGGUGAAGUUUGCGAAUCGUGGAAUAAACUACAAGAUGAGGAGCUCUCAAAGCCGAAACCUGACGAAACAGAGGAUGCCAAGGUUGUGGAGAAAGAGGAUGGUAAAAGAUCCAAACCGAAGAAGAAGGAUCUACAUGAUGAGCUCACAAGUGUUGAUGCUGACUAUGCAAUGAGAGCACAGAAAAUACUGAAGGCUAUGACAGGCGAAGCACCUGAACUGAAGGGUAUUGAUGAUGAGAACAAGGUGGAAGAGAUUCAAGAUGGAACUUCAGAAGCUGCUAAGGAAAAAGAUGAAGAGACCAUAAACAAGGAACAACCUGAAAGUGUCGAGGAAGAGCCACAGACAUUGACAAAGGAGCCGUCCAAAGCAAAUGACACCAGUAAUCUUAUCUUGGAAUCUGUAGAGGUUUCAGAUUACGUUUCUCAAAAUGAUAAUGAGCAAACCGUAGAGGUUAACGGAACGAAGGAGGAAGAAAAACCAAAGAAGGACAAGAAGUCUAAGAAGUCAAAGAAGUCAAAGAAGCAGUGA